AUGUGUGGUACUAUUACGUCGACAACGGCCACGGACGUGGUGCAUACCCGCAUCAUCCUACGCCAGUCCCCCGAGUGGUUACUUGGUACAGUGUCCACUGAGCUGUCCACGCGCGUCGCGGAUGAGGCUCGAGCUGCAUAUCAUAUAUAUGCUAUGUAUGGUAUGCAUGGCGAGCCUCACAAAUCUACCUGGAACAACGCUGCACAGAAGCAACAUCGAGGCGUCCUGGCAGGCAGCGUGCAUACAGGCUCCUCCAAACAGCCCUAUCUAUGUCCAGCAAACGAUAUCGCACCCAGACCGCCCACCUCGACAUCCAUGAUCCAUGUGGCUGUGGACAUGUCAAUCUGGCGUCAUAGCGCGGCACGCGGCUCUUGUUUUUGUCCUUUUUCGCUAGAUCCGGGUCUAAAAGGGUCAAGUCGAUAUUCUGCCGAAGCCCGCAUGGAGGCCGCCGUCUCCACAGAGGUGCAGAACACUGUCUUCUGUCCAGGCUCGCUGAUGGCUCUCUGGUUUCGGCGGCUGAAAAGAUCGAGGAUUGCUAUCGUUGCUUCCACAAGAAAGGCUCAUGCUCAAGAGGCGGCAGAGGUGCGGUCCUGCUUGAUGAUAGCGUGUCGACCGUUCGACUCGCUUACCAUGGAAUGGGGGCCCGGGAUGUUCCCAGCGAGCCGGAAUGGCCAGCUUCGCGACUUGGCUCCUGCAGGCGCGCUCGUGGUCACUGAUGUUGCUCGACUCGUCCUCACUGUUCAAUGUCCUAGCGAACAGCUCAUCGCACCGCAAGCUUGUCGCUACACCCAUUCUGCUGAGCCCUGCCAAGUCCAGGGUUGGAGACAAGUAUUAAUCGCCGUGCCGCCCACGCUCCGCAUGCACAAGGUGUCCUGCUGGCUACGGUGUACAUAUCACACUGCCCCUCGAAGUCUCGUGUCGUGUGUCAAGUUCCCAAUUGCUCGUCCUCGCCUUAUCGAUAACCCCUGGAAAAUUUCUCCCGACAGACGCCCAACCUCGCCGCACCCCUUAGGUCCAACUCGGACCUCUUCACAAGUCAAUAAUAAAUUUGUGCCUCUAUCGAUUCUUCGGCAGGACCACUUUCGUGAUCAGACACGCGACCGGGCAUUUGAGCCGCUCAUACUUCUGUGGCCCACACCGCCACGGGAGGCAAGGAGCAUCUUUCGCAUAGAUUACAUCCUACCUCCCGCGAACAUUUCAACCCAGGACGGCGCGACAGGUGGAGUCGGGAAAAGUUGCUUAACUGCGCAAUUUGUACAAAAUGUCUGGAUAGAGAGCUACGACCCGACCAUUGAAGACUCAUACAGAAAAGUACUCGAUGUCGACGGUCGUCACGUUAUCUUGGAGAUUCUCGAUACGGCGGGAACAGAACAAUUUACUGCCAUGAGAGAACUCUACAUGAAAACCGGCCAAGGCUUCCUCUUGGUCUUUAGCAUAACUUCACAAUCCUCCUUCUACGAGCUUGCCGAGCUCCGCGAACAAAUCAGCCGCAUAAAAGAAGACGAUAACGUUCCCAUGGUCCUCAUCGGCAACAAAUCCGACCUAGAAGAUGACCGCGCCAUUUCCCGGCCCCGCGCCUUUGCAGUAUCCCGCGAGUGGAACAUCCCAUACUUUGAGACGAGUGCGCGGCGAAGAGCAAACGUCGACGAAGCCUUUGUCGAUUUGUGCAGGCAGAUUAUGCGCAAAGAUCAGGACGAAAGGCGGAAUGCGCCUCCCGAUUCGCCAAGACCGUCGCGGGGGGCCAGACCGGGACGGCCGAGAGAUAGGGACAGGGAGAGGAAGAAACAUAGACCGAAAUUACAAUGA